CGAGUCCCCUGUACCCAGGUCUUACGUCCCCCCGAGUGUUGUUCGUUCGUCAGGGGAGGCCCCCCGGGCAGCCUGGGCAGAGCGAGCCCCAGCGACACCCGAAGUCCGCCGGAGGGUUGCGAUGGCGCGCCGCGGAUCCUCGCUCUUCGCGGCGCUGUGCCUCCUGGCCGGCCUGCGCGCCGCGUUCGUGGGGGUCCCGCUGGCGGCCCCCGCAGCUCGGGGGGCUCGCGCGGCCUUCGACAGCGGCAAGGUGAACAUCGCGGGUGACGGUGGCGCCGCAGGCGACGUCCCUGAGCCGAUGCUGGAGGUCAACGAGGCGACGAACGCCGCGAUCCAGGACUGCUUGGAGGAAGGCUGCUCGGUGGAAGCCCUCAUGAGCCUCGACGUGAAGCUGGCUGCCGACGAGUCCAAGGUCGCGGACACCAUGAAGCAGAUCGCCGCCGCCCAGAAGACCCAGUACUCGAAGGACAACGACGAGAAGCUGUCCUGGUACGGGAACUUCCUCAGCCGCACGGGGGCACUCCGCCAGCAGCUCCGGGCACUGGGCGGCGCCAAGGACAAGGAGCCGGACUUCGUGAAGCAGCUGGUGAAGGCCGCCUCGGUCGCGUUCGGCGGUGGCCGGGCGGGCGACUACCCGAAGGUGGGGGUCAGCGGCUAUUCCUCCUGAGCUCCGCGGGGGACGCGGCGGAGGCAGGAGGGAGUCGGGAGGCAGGUGUACCUAGGGGCGGAAGCCGGAACAUCUACAUGACCACCAUGAAAUAAGGGUGAGCCCCUGGGCGCCCACAUUAUCGUAAACGCCAAGGUCAGAGUAAUGCACCCCGGCUCGUGUUAUGAAAGUGGCGAGCUGACGGGCCAGAUACAGCAUUCCUUUCGCGACCAGCAUAUCUUGCGGGUCGUGCCUGCCGAGGUCAGCACCUAGCUUGGCCAUGCGGUCGGCGGCUUCGUUGCCCGUUUUCUCAAAGUGGCUGAUCCUGCCCUCCCGAAUUGGUAAGUUGCACGUUGGCCGGCUUCGUUGUGUUAGGAGGGUCAGCGG